UGACGUCGGGUCAGCUGAUCUCUGCUGCACCAAGGAGAAAGAUGUCGCUGACAAACUGCCGAAGGAUGGAGGCUGUUUUAUCCGUGGCGUUUGCGCUCUGUUUCUUUAUCACAAGCGGUGUACAUGGGGACAGUUUAACGGUGCUGCAGUCUCCAGACUUUGUGUCCUUCCAGAAAGGAGACUGGCCCAUCUCUGGAGAGAAGAUCCCUGACCUGGUGGCUCUAACCAUGGGCUUCUCUGUUCAAGAGGAUCUGGCCUGGCCUGGCCUUAAGGCUGGUCCGUUGUUCCAGCGUCCCCGAGCCAACGUCCUGGUGGUGGUGAGAGGAGUGGAUAGCCUGGACAUGCCUAAUAGUGUGGCCUCCUACCCCCUGGAAAAUCCGGUUCCCUUCACCUUGGACAGUGUUGCAGAGACAGUCCACUCUCUGUUUGCUGAGGACACUCCUGUAGUGCUGCAGCUGGCCCCCAGUGAGGAGAGGUUGUAUAUGCUGGGCAAAGCCAAUGCUGUGUUCGAGGACCUGCCAGUGACCCUGCAGCAGAUCCGCGCCCGCCUGUCCCAGGACGGCUCGGUGCUGGCCUCCCUGCCGCUCAACUCCCUCAGCAGGAAUGCAGAGGCUGAUUUGCUCUUCCUGUCUGAGGUCCAAGUCCUGCACGAUAUCACCGCUCUGGUAAGUUGGCCGGUUUUGCUUAAAGUGCAGGCAGCGCAGACCUGCUGA